AUGUCCGCCAAACUUACCAAGUUCAAAGUGGCCGCCGCCCACGCCGCGCCUGUCUUCAUGAACAAGGCGGCCACCACCAAAAAAGCCAUCCGUCUGAUCGAAGAAGCCGGGGCCGCCGCCGUCAAGGUUCUCGUCUUCCCCGAGACAUUUAUCCCUGGCUACCCCUACUUCAUCGAGUGCUACCCUCCCAUCACCCAAGCAGGCGCUCUCGCCAAGUAUGCCGAGGAGAGCGUGGUCGUCGAGCCGAACGGGGACGACAUGGCCGGCAUCCAGGACGCGUGUCGCCGCACUGGUGUGGCCGUCAGCCUCGGCGUGUCAGAGCGCGUGGCGGGCGGGCAUACCCUCUUCAACACCCAAGUCACGGUGGACAGCGACGGGACCAUCCUAGGCGUCCACCGCAAGCUCCAGCCGACCUACGUCGAGCGCAUGGUCUGGGCGCAGGGCGACGGCAGCACCCUUCGCAACUUCCCGCUGUCCCUGGGAUGUAACCUCGGCGGGCUGGCCUGCUGGGAGAACACCAUGAACGGGGCACGACAAGCGCUUCUCACGCAGGGCCAACACAUUCACGCCGGUGCCUGGCCGGCUCUGUCGACGAUGAGGGGGUUCGAGGCGGUGGCGGACGCGCAGAUCGAGGCGCUGAUGAAGGCGCACGCGCUGACGGCGCAGGUCUUUGUUGUGACGGCGUCCAACUAUGUCGACGAGACGUGUCUCGACUGGAUGCGGGAGAAUCUGGGCGAGCAGGACUUUGUCAAGCUAGGCGGCGGCUGGUCCUCAGUCAUCCACCCCUUUUGUGCGUUUCUUGCCGGACCACACACGGGUGCCGAGGAGAAGCUGGUCCAGGCCGAGGUCGACCUUGAGCAGCUGGGCGUGGUCAAAGUCUGGAUUGAUGCCGCGGGGCAUUAUCAGCGGCCGGAGAUUCUGCAGUUUAGCUUUGACGCCCGGCCACACUGGGCAGAUGAGAAAGUGAACAAGUUUAAGUUGAAGGGGGAGGAGGCACGGGAGGAAGAUGCUGAGGCAAAGGUGUAA